GGCCACAGCCUGCCUACUGUCACCCGCCUCUCCCGCGCGCAGAUACACGCCCCCGCCUCCGUGGGCACAAAGGCAGCGCGGCUGGGGGACUCCGGGGACCGCGCACGUGGGAACCGCCGCAGCUCCACACUCCAGGUACUUCUUCCAAGGACCUAGGUCUCUCCCCCAUCGGAAAGAAAAUAAUUCUUUCAAGAAGAUCAGGGACAACUGAUUUGAAGUCUACUCUGUGCUUCUAAAUCCCCAUUCUGCUGAAAGUGAGAUACCCUAGAGCCCUAGAGCCCCAGCAGCACCCAGCCAAACCCACCUCCACCAUGGGGGCCAUGACUCAGCUGUUGGCAGGUGUCUUUCUUGCUUUCCUUGCCCUCGCUACUGAAGGUGGGGUCCUCAAGAAAGUCAUCCGGCACAAGCGACAGAGUGGGGUGAACGCCACCCUGCCAGAGGAGAACCAGCCAGUGGUGUUUAACCACGUUUACAACAUCAAGCUGCCAGUGGGAUCCCAGUGUUCGGUGGAUCUGGAGUCAGCCAGUGGGGAGAAAGACCUGGCACCGCCUUCAGAGCCCAGCGAAAGCUUCCAGGAGCACACAGUGGAUGGGGAAAACCAGAUUGUCUUCACACAUCGCAUCAACAUCCCCCGCCGGGCCUGUGGCUGUGCCGCAGCCCCUGAUGUUAAGGAGCUGCUGAGCAGACUGGAGGAGCUGGAGAACCUGGUGUCUUCCCUGAGGGAGCAAUGUACUGCAGGAGCAGGCUGCUGUCUCCAGCCUGCCACAGGCCGCUUGGACACCAGGCCCUUCUGUAGCGGUCGGGGCAACUUCAGCACUGAAGGAUGUGGCUGUGUCUGCGAACCUGGCUGGAAAGGCCCCAACUGCUCUGAGCCCGAAUGUCCAGGCAACUGUCACCUUCGAGGCCGGUGCAUUGAUGGGCAGUGCAUCUGUGACGAGGGCUUCACGGGCGAGGACUGCAGCCAGCUGGCUUGCCCCAGCGACUGCAAUGACCAGGGCAAGUGCGUGAAUGGAGUCUGCAUCUGUUUCGAAGGCUACGCCGGGGCUGACUGCAGCCAUGAAAUCUGCCCAGUGCCCUGCAGUGAGGAGCACGGCACGUGUGUAGAUGGCUUGUGUGUGUGCCACGAUGGCUUUGCAGGCGAUGACUGCAACAAGCCUCUUUGUCUCAACAAUUGCUACAACCGUGGACGAUGCGUGGAGAAUGAGUGCGUGUGUGAUGAGGGUUUCACGGGCGAAGACUGCAGUGAGCUCAUCUGCCCCAAUGACUGCUUCGACCGGGGCCGCUGCAUCAAUGGCACCUGCUACUGCGAAGAAGGCUUCACAGGUGAAGACUGCGGGAAACUCACCUGCCCACAUGCCUGCCACGGCCAGGGCCGGUGUGAGGAGGGGCAGUGUGUAUGUGAUGAAGGCUUUGCCGGUGUGGACUGCAGCGAGAAGAGGUGUCCUGCUGACUGUCACAAUCGUGGCCGCUGUGUAGACGGGCGGUGUGAGUGUGAUGAUGGUUUCACUGGAGCUGACUGUGGGGAGCUCAAGUGUCCCAAUGGCUGCAGUGGCCAUGGCCGCUGUGUCAAUGGGCAGUGUGUGUGUGAUGAGGGCUAUACUGGGGAGGACUGCAGCCAGCUACGGUGCCCCAAUGACUGUCACAGUCGGGGCCGCUGUGUCGAGGGCAAAUGUGUAUGUGAGCAAGGCUUCAAGGGCUAUGACUGCAGUGACAUGAGCUGCCCUAAUGACUGUCACCAGCACGGCCGCUGUGUGAAUGGCAUGUGUGUUUGUGAUGACGGCUACACAGGGGAAGACUGCCGGGAUCGCCAAUGCCCCAGGGACUGCAGCAACAGGGGCCUCUGUGUGGAUGGACAGUGCGUCUGUGAGGACGGCUUCACCGGCCCUGACUGUGCAGAACUCUCCUGUCCAAAUGACUGCCAUGGCCGGGGUCGCUGUGUGAAUGGGCAGUGCGUGUGCCAUGAAGGAUUUAUGGGCAAAGACUGCAAGGAGCAAAGAUGUCCCAGUGACUGUCAUGGACAGGGCCGCUGCGUGGACGGCCAGUGCAUCUGCCAUGAGGGCUUCACAGGCCUGGACUGUGGCCAGCGCUCCUGCCCCAGUGACUGCAACAACUUAGGACAAUGCGUCUCGGGCCGCUGCAUCUGCAACGAAGGCUACAGCGGAAAAGACUGCUCAGAGGUGUCUCCUCCCAAAGACCUCGUUGUGACAGAAGUGACGGAAGAGACGGUCAACCUGGCCUGGGACAAUGAGAUGCGGGUCACAGAGUACCUUGUCGUGUACACGCCCACCCACGAGGGUGGUCUGGAAAUGCAGUUCCGUGUGCCUGGGGACCAGACGUCCACCAUCAUUCGGGAGCUGGAGCCUGGUGUGGAGUAUUUUAUCCGUGUAUUUGCCAUCCUGGAGAACAAGAAGAGCAUUCCUGUCAGCGCCAGGGUGGCCACGUACUUACCUGCACCUGAAGGCCUGAAAUUCAAGUCCAUCAAGGAGACAUCUGUGGAAGUGGAGUGGGAUCCUCUAGACAUUGCUUUUGAAACGUGGGAAAUCAUCUUCCGGAAUAUGAAUAAAGAAGAUGAGGGAGAGAUCACCAAAAGCCUGAGGAGGCCGGAGACCUCUUACCGGCAAACUGGUCUAGCUCCUGGGCAAGAGUAUGAGAUAUCUCUGCACAUAGUGAAAAACAAUACCCGGGGCCCUGGCCUGAAGAGGGUGACCACCACACGCUUGGAUGCCCCCAGCCAGAUCGAGGUGAAAGAUGUCACAGACACCACUGCCUUGAUCACCUGGUUCAAGCCCCUGGCUGAGAUCGAUGGCAUUGAGCUGACCUACGGCAUCAAAGACGUGCCAGGAGACCGUACCACCAUCGAUCUCACAGAGGACGAGAACCAGUACUCCAUCGGGAACCUGAAGCCUGACACUGAGUACGAGGUGUCCCUCAUCUCCCGCAGAGGUGACAUGUCAAGCAACCCAGCCAAAGAGACCUUCACAACAGGCCUCGAUGCUCCCAGGAAUCUUCGACGUGUUUCCCAGACAGAUAACAGCAUCACCCUGGAAUGGAGGAAUGGCAAGGCAGCUAUCGACAGUUACAGAAUUAAGUAUGCACCCAUCUCUGGAGGGGACCACGCUGAGGUUGAUGUUCCAAAGAGCCAACAAGCCACAACCAAAACCACACUCACAGGUCUGAGGCCGGGAACUGAAUAUGGGAUUGGAGUUUCUGCUGUGAAGGAAGACAAGGAGAGCAAUCCAGCGACCAUCAACGCAGCCACAGAGUUGGACACGCCCAAGGACCUUCAGGUUUCUGAAACUGCAGAGACCAGCCUGACCCUGCUCUGGAAGACACCGUUGGCCAAAUUUGACCGCUACCGCCUCAAUUACAGUCUCCCCACAGGCCAGUGGGUGGGAGUGCAGCUUCCAAGAAACACCACUUCCUAUGUCCUGAGAGGCCUGGAACCAGGACAGGAGUACAAUGUCCUCCUGACAGCCGAGAAAGGCAGACACAAGAGCAAGCCCGCACGUGUGAAGGCAUCCACUGAACAAGCCCCUGAGCUGGAAAACCUCACCGUGACUGAGGUUGGCUGGGAUGGCCUCAGACUCAACUGGACUGCAGCUGACCAGGCCUAUGAGCACUUUAUCAUUCAGGUGCAGGAGGCCAACAAGGUGGAGGCAGCUCAGAACCUCACCGUGCCUGGCAGCCUUCGGGCUGUGGACAUACCGGGCCUCAAGGCUGCUACACCUUAUACAGUCUCCAUCUAUGGGGUGAUCCAGGGCUAUAGAACACCAGUGCUCUCUGCUGAGGCCUCCACAGGGAAAACUCCCAAUUUGGGAGAGGUCGUGGUGGCCGAGGUGGGCUGGGAUGCCCUCAAACUCAACUGGACUGCUCCGGAAGGGGCCUAUGAGUACUUUUUCAUUCAGGUGCAGGAGGCUGACACAGUAGAGGCAGCCCAGAACCUCACGGUCCCAGGAGGACUGAGGUCCACGGACCUGCCUGGGCUCAAAGCAGCCACUCAUUAUACCAUCACCAUCCGCGGGGUCACUCAGGACUUCAGCACAACCCCUCUCUCUGUUGAAGUCUUGACAGAGGAGGUUCCAGAUAUGGGAAACCUCACAGUGACCGAGGUUAGCUGGGAUGCUCUCAGACUGAACUGGACCACGCCAGAUGGAACCUAUGACCAGUUUACCAUUCAGGUCCAGGAGGCUGACCAGGUGGAAGAGGCUCACAAUCUCACGGUUCCUGGCAGCCUGCGUUCCGUGGAAAUCCCAGGCCUCAGGGCUGGCACUCCUUACACAAUCACCCUGCACGGCGAGGUCAGGGGCCACAGCACUCGACCCCUUGCUGUUCAGGUCGUCACAGAGGAGCUCCCACAGCUGGGAGAUUUAGCCGUGUCUGAGGUUGGCUGGGAUGGCCUCAGACUCAACUGGACCGCAGCUGACAAUGCCUAUGAGCACUUUGUCAUUCAGGUGCAGGAGGUCAACAAAGUGGAGGCAGCCCAGAACCUCACGUUGCCUGGCAGCCUCAGGGCUGUGGACAUCCCGGGCCUCGAGGCUGCCACGCCUUAUAGAGUCUCCAUCUAUGGGGUGAUCCGGGGCUACAGAACACCAGUACUCUCUGCUGAGGCCUCCACAGCCAAAGAACCUGAAAUUGGAAACUUAAAUGUUUCUGACAUAACUCCCGAGAGCUUCAAUCUCUCCUGGACGGCUACCGAUGGGAUCUUCGAGACCUUUACCAUUGAAAUUAUUGAUUCCAAUAGGUUGCUGGAGACUGUGGAAUAUAAUAUCUCUGGUGCUGAACGAACUGCCCAUAUCUCAGGGCUACCCCCUAGUACUGAUUUUAUUGUCUACCUCUCUGGACUUGCUCCCAGCAUCCGGACCAAAACCAUCAGUGCCACAGCCACGACAGUAGCCAAACCUCUUCUUAGCCACCUCACUGUCUCAAACAUGACCUGGGGCAGUGUGUCCAUCUCGUGGGAAGCUCAGGAGUCUGCCUUUGAUAGCUUUCUUAUAGAAGUUAGUAAUUCCGAUCACCCCCAUGAGACCAUGGUGCUGUCUGUGCCUGGGGUGUCUCGCAGCUCUGUCAUCACCAACCUCAAAGCUUCUUCUAAUUACACUGCCCACCUUCAUGGGCUGAUUGGCGGGCAGCGUGCUCAGACCCUGAUGGUCCAAGCAACCACAGAACCAAAGCCACAGUUGGGCACGCUAAUCUUUAGCAAUAUUACUCCAAAAAGCUUCAACAUGUCACGGACCACUCAAGCUGGGCUUUUUGCAAAGAUUGUUAUCAAUGUGAGUGACGCUCACUCACUGCAUGAGUCCCAGCAAUUCACAGUCUCAGGAGAUGCAAAGCAAGCUCACAUCACAGGCUUGGUGGAGAACACUGGCUAUGACGUCAGUGUGGCAGGAACCACCUUGGCUGGGGAUCCCACCAGACCCCUCACUGCCUUUGUCAUUACAGAGGCCCUGCCCCUUCUGGAAAACCUAACCAUUUCCGACAUUAAUCCCUACGGGUUCACAGUUUCCUGGAUGGCAUCGGAGAAUGCCUUUGACAGCUUUCUAGUAAUGGUGGUGGAUUCUGGGAAGCUGCUGGACCCCCAGGAAUUCACACUUUCAGGAACCCAGAGGAAGCUGGAGCUUAGAGGCCUCAUAACUGGCAUUGGCUAUGAGGUUAUGGUCUCUGGCUUCACCCAAGGGCAUCAAACCAAGCCCUUGAGGGCUGAGAUUGUUACAGAAGCCGAACCGGAAGUUGACAACCUUCUGGUUUCAGAUGCCACCCCAGACGGUUUCCGUCUGUCCUGGACAGCUGAUGAAGGGGUCUUCGACAAUUUUGUUCUCAAAAUCAGAGAUACCAAAAAGCAGUCUGAGCCACUGGAAAUAACCCUACUUGCCCCCGAACGUACCAGGGACAUAACAGGUCUCAGAGAGGCUACUGAAUACGAAAUUGAACUCUAUGGAAUAAGCAAAGGAAGGCGAUCCCAGCCAGUCAGUGCUAUAGCAACAACAGCUAUGGGCUCCCCAAAGGAAGUCAUUUUCUCAGACAUCACUGAAAACUCGGCUACUGUCAGUUGGAGGGCACCCACAGCCCAAGUGGAGAGCUUCCGGAUUACCUAUGUGCCCAUUACAGGAGGUACACCCUCCAUGGUAACUGUGGACGGAACCAAGACUCAGACCAGGCUGGUGAAACUCAUACCUGGCGUGGAGUACCUUGUCAGCAUCAUCGCCAUGAAGGGCUUUGAGGAAAGUGAACCUGUCUCAGGGUCAUUCACCACAGCUCUGGAUGGCCCAUCUGGCCUGGUGACAGCCAACAUCACUGACUCAGAAGCCUUGGCCAGGUGGCAGCCAGCCAUUGCCACUGUGGACAGUUAUGUCAUCUCCUACACAGGGGAGAAAGUGCCAGAAAUUACACGCACGGUGUCCGGGAACACAGUGGAGUAUGCUCUGACCGACCUCGAGCCUGCCACGGAAUACACACUGAGAAUCUUUGCAGAGAAAGGGCCCCAGAAGAGCUCAACCAUCACUGCCAAGUUCACAACAGACCUCGAUUCUCCAAGAGACUUGACCGCUACUGAGGUUCAAUCGGAAACUGCCCUCCUUACCUGGCGACCCCCCCGGGCAUCAGUCACCGGUUACCUGCUGGUCUAUGAAUCAGUGGAUGGCACAGUCAAGGAAGUCAUUGUGGGUCCAGAUACCACCUCCUACAGCCUGGCAGACCUGAGCCCAUCCACCCACUACACAGCCAAGAUCCAGGCACUCAAUGGGCCCCUGAGGAGCAAUAUGAUCCAGACCAUCUUCACCACAAUUGGACUCCUGUACCCCUUCCCCAAGGACUGCUCCCAAGCAAUGCUGAAUGGAGACACGACCUCUGGCCUCUACACCAUUUAUCUGAAUGGUGAUAAGGCUCAGGCGCUGGAAGUCUUCUGUGACAUGACCUCUGAUGGGGGUGGAUGGAUUGUGUUCCUGAGACGCAAAAACGGACGCGAGAACUUCUACCAAAACUGGAAGGCAUAUGCUGCUGGAUUUGGGGACCGCAGAGAAGAAUUCUGGCUUGGGCUGGACAACCUGAACAAAAUCACAGCCCAGGGGCAGUACGAGCUCCGGGUGGACCUGCGGGACCAUGGAGAGACAGCCUUUGCCGUCUAUGACAAGUUCAGCGUGGGAGAUGCCAAGACUCGCUACAAGCUGAAGGUGGAGGGGUACAGUGGGACAGCAGGUGACUCCAUGGCCUACCACAAUGGCAGAUCCUUCUCCACCUUUGACAAGGACACAGAUUCAGCCAUCACCAACUGUGCUCUGUCCUACAAAGGGGCUUUCUGGUACAGGAACUGUCACCGUGUCAACCUGAUGGGGAGAUAUGGGGACAAUAACCACAGUCAGGGCGUUAACUGGUUCCACUGGAAGGGCCACGAACACUCAAUCCAGUUUGCUGAGAUGAAGCUGAGACCAAGCAACUUCAGAAAUCUUGAAGGCAGGCGCAAACGGGCAUAAAUUCCAGGGACCACUGGGUGAGAGAGGAAUAAGGCCCAGAGCGAGGAAAGGAUUUUACCAAAGCAUCAAUACUACCAGCCCAACCAUCAGUCCACACCUGGGCAUUUGGUGAGAGUCAAAGCUGACCAUGGAUCCCUGGGGCCAACGGCGACAGCAUGGGCCUCACCUCCUCUGUGAUUUCUUUCUUUGCACCAAAGACAUCAGUCUCCAACAUGUUUCUGUUUUGUUGUUUGAUUCAGCAAAUAUCUUCCAGUGACAACAUCGCAAUAGUUUUUUAUUUCUCUUGGGUGGCUCUGGGAAUGGGAGAGGGGUAGGAUGUACAGGGGUAGUUUGUUUUAGAACCAGCCGUAUUUUACAUGAAGCUGUAUAAUUAAUUGUCAUUAUUUUUGUUAGCAAAGAUUAAAUGUGUCAUUGGAAGCCAUCCCUUUUUUUACAUUUCAUACAACAGAAACCAGAAAAGCAAUACUGUUUCCAUUUUAAGGAUAUGAUUAAUAUUAUUAAUAUAAUAAUGAUGAUGAUGAUGAUGAAAACUAAGGAUUUUUCAAGAGAUCUUUCUUUCCAAAACAUUUCUGGACAGUACCUGAUUGUAUUUUUUUUUUUAAUAAAAGCACAAGUACUUUUGA